AUGGCCCUCACCGUGGUGCUGGUGCGCAUCCUGAACCCCGACGGCGACAGCAGCACGCGGACGGUCAUCAUCGCCUCGGCCUACUAUGACGAGGAGGAAAGUGAUUCCGCGGGGAAGAAGUUCUCAGGGUCGCUGCUGAACGCCCUGAUAUUUGUUUUGUGCAUCGCUGCGAUGACAUUCAUUCUGGUGCUCUUGUUCAAAUAUGGGUGCGUCAAUUGCAUCUAUUGCUACAUGGGCUUUGCUGUCAUCAAUAUAUUCUUCUUCAUGAUGGGCGCGAUGGUCAUCGAGCUCUUCCAGAGGGCAAACAUACACAUGGAUGCAGUCUCGCUGGCUUUCAUAUUGUACAAUUUUUCGAUUGUUGGAAUGCUUGGCCUGUUCUUCUGGCCGGCUCCUCUAUUUAUGAAGCAAGGCUACCUGGUGGUCAUCGGGGUACUGGUGGCCUACAUAUUUACGUUGAUACCGGAGUGGACGACCUGGGUGCUGCUGGUGUUCAUGGCGUUGUAUGACCUUGCCGCUGUGCUGGCGCCUGGAGGACCCCUGAAGGUGCUUGUAGAACUGGCAAUCGAGAGGCAGCAGGACAUCCCAGCACUUGUGUAUGAGGCCAGACCAGUGCGUGGUGCCGAACGUGGUUGGGGACACUACAGGAGGCGCUCAAGAGAGGAAACUACUGCUGUCACACUAUCAUCAGGACCAGUGCUGUCUAUUGGCCCUGUUGGUGAAGGGCUGGAGGACAAUUCACAGGGAAGCAGUGAGGUCGGUGCAGGCGAGCCGCAGGGCGCUGAUGAAGAUCCUGUUACUCCACUCGUUGGAGCUUCAGCUGCCACAAGCUGUGCAUCUUCAACUGGUUCCAACCACCGUAACCACAGGAGCCGAACGGGCAGUAGGGACUCAAGAAGUAGGCAUGAAGGCUCUGAUGUUGAGAGGGGCAGCCAAUCUGCUGCUGCACACAGCGUGCAGCCGCCGGUGCAGGCGCCUCCUGCUGCCAGGCGGGGUGGUGACGGGUCAGACGAUGAAGCGGCAUUCGAGCUCCCCGAUUCUCUGAAGUUGGGGCUUGGGGACUUCAUAUUUUACAGCGUCCUGGUUGGGCGGGCCGCGUUCUAUGACUUCAUGACUGUGUACGCUGCGUAUUUGGCGAUUGUGGCCGGACUUGGAAUGACGCUCUUGCUGCUGGCAGUGGCUCGCCGCGCCCUGCCUGCAUUGCCGUUCUCCAUCGUCCUCGGGGUGGCCUUCUACUUCCUCGCAAGAUUAGUGCUGGAGCCCGUCAUCGUGCCCCUCUCCCUGCAGCUGUCGCUUUUUUGA